GCAGGGAGCCCCGCUCCCCAGCCCUCGAGGCACCCGCCAGGAGGCUUUCCUCCCUCGACUUACGGGGCAGGACUCAUCUUUGCCCCACCCCACCCCCCUCUCUCGGGAGGCCGAAACGUAAGGUUUUCCCUCCUCCUCCCAGGAUCAGAAUCCAGGAAGGGCUCUGCUUCCAAUUCUGCAAGCCUCUGCUACGCCUCCCCGGGGGGGCAAAAGACCCUAAUCCCCCAAUAUUUAGGAGCAAGAACACGGCCCCUCCAGAGACAGGGUCUACAGGGCCGUGCCUCUUGACUCCCAGCAAGAAGCGGCCUUUUGGAGAGGGAGGAGUGGCAGGGUGGACAGGGGCCCUUUGCCUCCCAUCCCCCACCUGUUACUCGAGUCCCCUGCCUCUGGCAGUUCCUAUUCCCAGUUGCCCUCUUCCCAGCACUUCCUUCCCGUUACCCCCUCCCUGACCUUUCCCGGUCUCCCGGCUGCAGCCAUGGAGUUACCGAAGGGGAAAGGGGCAGCUGUACCAGCUGCUUCGGGAGCAGCGGGAGGUGGAGGAGGCUCGGGAGCAGGAGCCCCAGGAGGGGGGAGGCUGCUACUUUCCACCAGUUUGGAUGCCAAGGAUGAGUUAGAGGAGAGGCUGGAGAGGUGUAUGAGCACUGUGACAUCGAUGACUACAGGUGUCUCGGAGAGAGAAGCCAACGACGCCCUCAAUGCCUACGUAUGCAAAGGCCCCCCGCAGCACGAGGAGGUCUGCCUGGGCCUCUUCACGCUUGUCCUCACUGAACCUGCCCAAGCCCAGAAGUGCUACCGGGACCUGGCUCUGGUGAGCCGUGAUGGCAUGAAUAUUGUCCUGAAUAAAAUCAACCAGAUUCUCAUGGAGAAGUACCUGAAGUUGCAGGAUACCUGUCGGACUCAGUUGGUGUGGUUGGUGCGGGAACUGGUGAAGAGUGGCGUGCUGGGAGCUGAUGGUGUUUGCAUGACUUUCAUGAAGCAGAUCGCAGGUGGGGAUGUUACAGCAAAAAACAUCUGGUUGGCAGAGAGUGUCCUGGACAUCCUGACGGAGCAGAGGGAGUGGGUGCUGAAGAGCAGCAUCCUCAUCGCCAUGACCGUGUACACGUACCUCCGCCUCAUCGUGGACCACCAUGGGACCGCCCCGCUGCAGGCCCUGCGGCAGAAGGAGGUGGAUUUCUGCGUGUCUCUGCUUCGGGAGCGGUUCAUGGAGUGUUUGAUGAUUGGCCGGGACCUCGUAAGACUGCUGCAGAAUGUUGCUAGGAUCCCGGAAUUUGAACUGCUUUGGAAAGACAUUAUCCAUAACCCUCAGGCUUUGAGUCCACAGUUCACAGGUAUCUUGCAGCUGCUUCAGUCGAGAACAUCCCGAAAAUUCCUAGCGUGCCGCCUCACCCCAGACAUGGAGACGAAGCUCCUCUUCAUGACGUCCCGGGUGCGCUUUGGUCAACAGAAGCGGUACCAAGACUGGUUCCAGCGCCAGUACCUGUCCACUCCAGACAGUCAGUCUCUGCGUUGCGACCUCAUUCGCUACAUCUGUGGGGUGGUCCACCCCUCUAAUGAAGUGCUGAGCUCCGACAUCUUGCCCCGGUGGGCCAUCAUUGGCUGGCUCCUGACCACCUGCACGUCAAACGUGGCAGCCUCUAAUGCCAAGCUGGCUCUGUUCUACGACUGGCUGUUCUUUAGCCCAGACAAGGACAGCAUCAUGAACAUAGAGCCGGCCAUCCUGGUCAUGCAUCACUCCAUGAAGCCGCACCCGGCCAUCACGGCCACGCUCCUGGACUUCAUGUGCCGCAUCAUCCCCAACUUCUACCCGCCGUUGGAGGGCCAUGUGCGGCAGGGGGUUUUUUCCUCCCUCAACCACAUUGUGGAGAAGCGGGUCUUGGCGCAUCUGGCGCCCCUGUUUGAUAACCCUAAGUUGGAUAAGGAGCUGCGGGCAAUGCUGAGAGAGAAGUUUCCUGAGUUCUGCAGUUCACCCUCCCCCCCUGUGGAAGUCAAAAUUGAGGAGCCAGUGUCCAUGGAGAUGGACACCCACAUGUCAGACAAGGACGAGAGUGGCUAUGAUAACGCGGAGGCCGCCUUCAGUGACGACGACGAGGACCUCAGCAGUAAAGGAAAGAAGAGAGAGUUUCGCUUCCACCCCAUCAAGGAGACGGUCGUGGAAGAGCCCGUGGACAUCACCCCUUACCUGGACCAGUUGGACGAGUCCCUAAGGGACAAAGUGCUCCAACUGCAGAAGGGGAGUGACACGGAGGCCCAGUGUGAGGUCAUGCAGGAAAUCGUGGACCAGGUUCUGGAGGAAGACUUUGACUCGGAGCAGCUCUCUGUGCUGGCGUCCUGCCUGCAGGAGCUGUUCAAGGCCCAUUUCCGCGGGGAGGUGCUGCCGGAGGAGGUCACGGAAGAGUCCCUGGAGGAAUCUGUGGGGAAGCCUCUCUAUCUGAUAUUUAGGAACCUGUGCCAGAUGCAGGAGGACAACAGCAGCUUCUCCCUGCUUCUAGACCUUCUCUCUGAGCUGUAUCAAAAGCAGCCCAAGAUUGGCUACCACCUGCUCUACUACCUGAGGGCCAGCAAAGCCGCAGCAGGAAAGAUGAACCUGUACGAGUCGUUUGCCCAGGCCACCCAGCUGGGUGACCUGCACACCUGCCUGAUGAUGGACAUGAAGGCCUGCCAGGAAGAUGACGUGCGGCUGCUGUGCCACCUCACACCCUCCAUCUACACAGAGUUUCCCGAUGAGACCUUGCGGAGCGGGGAACUGCUGAACAUGAUCGUGGCCGUGAUCGAUUCUGCGCAGCUCCAGGAGCUAGUCUGCCACGUGAUGAUGGGGAACCUGGUCAUGUUCCGAAAAGACUCCGUUCUCAACAUCCUCAUCCAGAGCCUGGACUGGGAGACCUUUGAGCAGUACUGUGCCUGGCAGCUUUUCCUGGCCCACAACAUCCCUCUGGAGACCAUAAUUCCCAUCCUGCAGCACCUCAAGUACAAGGAGCAUCCGGAGGCCCUGUCCUGCCUGCUGCUGCAGCUCCGCAGAGAGAAGCCCAGCGAGGAGAUGGUAAAGAUGGUGCUGAGCCGGCCCUGCCACCCGGACGACCAGUUCACCACCAGCAUCCUGCGGCACUGGUGCCUGAAGCACGACGAGCUCCUGGCCGAGCACAUCAAGUCCCUGCUCAUCAAGAACAACAGCCUCCCACGCAAGAGGCAGAGUCUGAGGAGCUCCAGCAGCAAGCUGGCCCAGCUGACCCUGGAGCAGAUCCUGGAGCACCUGGACAACCUGCGCCUCAACCUGACCAACACCAAGCAGAGCUUUUUCAGCCAGACUCCGAUCCUGCAGGCGCUGCAGCAUGUGCAGGCGAGCUGUGACGAAGCCCACAAGAUGAAAUUUAGUGACCUUUUCUCUCUGGCUGAAGAGUAUGAGGACUCUUCCACCAAGCCACCCAAGAGCCGCCGAAAAGCAGCGCUGUCCAGCCCGAGAAGCCGGAAGAAUGCCACACAGCCCCCCAAUGCUGAGGAAGAGUCGGGCUCCAGCAGUGCCUCGGAAGAGGAAGACACAAAACCGAAGCCCACCAAGCGGAAACGGAAGGGGUCCUCGGCAGUGGGCUCUGACAGUGACUGAAUCUGUGGCCCCGCCACCUCCGUCUGCUUGGACUGCUCCUCCCCUCGCUGGUGAAUCGAGGUUGACAGGGAUGGGGAGGUCCCAAGGGACACACCUUCUCCCCAUCCCAGAGCGCCCCAGAAGGAAGGAUGUGCCUCCUCUUCACUGUGCCCAGCCUGAGAAGCCGCCGCGCCAUCCCCCAGCCCCACUGUUCCUGUGGGUUUCCAGCUGGAUCACACUGCCGCCCACCCAGCACUUGGGUUCCUGUGGGGGCCCGAGGCCGCAGCACUGUGCCUGUCCUCAGCCCUCUCCACCCUGAGGAAAGACAGAGGCCCACCAGUGACCGGGUGGCUAGGAGGGGAGAGGCUGGGUGGGAGGUGCUCUCCCACCUCCCUUCAGGUUUGAUCACUCGGAGCAGACAUUUCAGCCGCUCUCCCUAAGGUUACAGUGGGGAGUGGGUACCCAGCCUGUGCCUUUCUCUCACCCUGGGGUGCUACAGCGCUCAGCAAGGAACCUGAGAGGGAGGUGUACCCUGCAGGCUCAGGGUGGCUGAGGUGGCGCUUCCAGCUGACCAGAGUCAAAAGCAAGGUCCCCAGAACUGUCAAAUGGUCCCAUUUCCUUGUUUUAUUUUUUAAAAGUUUUUAAAUGACAAUAAAACAAGCCAGAACCUCUUGUGCCAGAGUUGUAUCCCCACCUCCCCAGUGCGCAUAGGCAGGACCCCAGUGUAAUUGGUACCCUCUUUUCCCUUCCUGCCUUGUCUCCCUCCCAGCCACUACCAAGCUCAGCAAGACAUAGACUGAUCUGCCUCUGCAGAAAGGGAUGCGUGCCAGUGCCUUCCCCAUCGGCCAAGGCCCACUUCUCCCCAGAGCGAAUGCCCCUGGUGCCAGGCUAACUUAAAUCUGCGGUGGCGUUAGUAAAGGGGACAGAAGCGUGCCUGGUGGAGGCGGUCAGAGGCUGGGCAUGAGAUGCUUGCCACCCUGUGUGCUGAGCAGGAGGGAAGCUUGCUGAGCAGCUGUGCCCCUUCCCUGGGAGGUUGAGGUUGGCAGAGGGGGUGCAGUAGGGCUGACUGCAGCCCCACCUAGUCUGCCUGCAAACUUCUCCCUUCCCGCAAGGCUGCUUCGCCCUCCUCUGAAAACCUAAACCGCUUUUUUCUUCCCCUCUCCUUCCCCACUUCCCUCGGCCCCAAUUAAAACCAGGAUGGAAAGCA